CAAUUUUCAAUUUCAGCGUAACCCUACAGAACCCAAAACCCCAACCGCUACACCACCGCACCACCACCACCAUCAAUGGCAGAAAUCGAUUCAGCUCAGUCCCAGGAGACCGUCUCACAGGAGACUCAGAACAAGCCGAUGACCACUUCCUUCAGCAUUUGGCCACCAACUCAGCGCACUCGUGACGCCGUCAUCAACCGCCUCAUCGAGUCUCUGUCAACACCUUCCAUACUCUCAAAGCGUUAUGGAACUCUCCCUCAAGACGAGGCUUCUGAAACUGCAAGGCUGAUUGAGGAGGAGGCAUUUGUUGCUGCUGGAUCCACUGCUACCGAUGCUGAUGACGGCAUUGAGAUACUUCAGGUUUACUCAAAGGAGAUUAGCAAGCGCAUGAUUGACACUGUUAAGUCCAGAUCUGCUCCUGCUGCUGCUUCGGAGAGUGAGAGUAAGCCGUCGGAGUUGCCGGCUGAUGCUUCGGAGCCCUCCUCUGCUUCUGGUCUCACUGGGGAGGUCUCAUCCGUUGAAACCGAGCCUUGAAGAGGCUUAGCUGCUUCAGAAAAUUCCAACCUCAUCAUCAGAUCUUCUGACUUUCGAGUUUGGCUCUCAGGAUGCAAUGUGGGUGUAGCUUCUAAUAGUCAAUGUAUCUUAUUAUUGACUCUUAGAGGAACGGAAUUAAUUCUUUUUAAGAGUUU